AUGAUGCAAAAUUGGCAAUUGGAUAGUUUAUUGUUUAAUCAAUUGAAUAAUUCUAAACUUGCUGAAGGGCUUAAAUUAUUGCAGUCUCGAUCAACCACUGGUAGCCUAGCUGCUAAAGAAUUAU